AUGAAUGGCCUAUCGGUCAGUGAGCUAUGCUGCCUGUUCUGCUGCCCUCCCUGUCCGAGCCGUAUUGCCGCCAAGCUUGCCUUCCUGCCUCCUGAGCCUACAUAUUCCCUCUUGCCGGACCUCGAUGGGUAUGUGGCCCCAGGGACAGCAGGGUCAGCGGGGCUGAGAUCGAGGGGAGGGGUACCUGGAGCGGCUGUAGGGGGUUCAGGCAGCACUGGUCCUGCAGAGGGUAAAUGGAAGCUCCACCUGACAGAGCGAGCUGAGUUUCAGUACUCCCAGAGAGAGCUGGAUGCUACAGAGGUGUUCCUCACCCGCUCCAGCCGUGGCAACCGGGUGGGCUGUAUGUACAUCCGCUGUGCCCCCACUGCCAGGUUAGUCGCGCAGAACUGUGUGUGUGCACGUGCGUGUACCUUGGCUCAUUUAGGUCAUUUUGUCUGACUGUGUGUCACGCUUCCUCUGAUAAACUCCUUCCCCUUUUAGUCUUGUCUUCUUUUUGUAAUGCCAUUAUUUUUGUGUGUCCUAUUUCCUUACUUCCUGUACUUGCAUCCUCAUUGGCAAUCUCAAAUCUGUUCUGUUUCCUCAUUCAUUGUUUAGGCCAUCUCUUUUGACCUACGUUUACCAUUCUACUUAUUCUUACCCCAAUUUAUGCUCACAUUUUUGCCUGUGGUCUUGUAAGAUAGUCUGAUUUGUCUAUUGGUCUUUGAUCGUCUGGUUUGCUGAGUUUAUACCUCAGUAUGUCUUCAUAUUGUAUGGCUUCAGGUAGCCAACUUGUUUCUCUUGUUGGUGUUCAGUAAUCAACUAAAUUGAUUUGAGAAGACAUGGACUGGGUCUUGUUACACUUGAGUAGUGCCAGUGUAACACAUGAAUGCAAUGUAAUAUGGCAAUCCUUGUUCAGGGUCACAUUUUGACCAAAACGCCCAAGAGCAAAGAUAUGACUUACUGUAUGGGAGAGGCCCAGUCUAUUGAAAGAAUAGAGAGGAUCCAGUCGCUUUAGGGAGCACAGCUCACAUUCAUGAAUAUAAAGCACAUGGAUUGUGCCUGGGGUAUAGCAACCCUAUUAUUAAUGUAGUACAGAACAAGCAAAAAGACCUGAUUCAAACUUAGUGAACUAGUCCUCUCUUGAGUCUGUGGCCAUAACCAAUUGACCUUAUACUGCACAUUCAUGUCCCAUGCAAAGAGGUAAUUCCUGAGGUUUCAAUGGAAAUCUGCUAUUCACACAGUACAGGUCAGUAUAGGUAAAAAUACCAGGUAGAGUCCAUAGCCGCAGGAAAUAGGAGUGUUGGAGGUGCUGCAGCGCCCUCUGAUAAAUGUAAAUACAUUUGUUAAAAUUAUAUAGCCUAAUUACUCCUAUCUGUAGCCUACAGACGUCAAUAAAAUCAUUCAAAAUACCAGAGAGUCGCAGUUUGGGCAGCGAGUGCCAACUGCUUGUUGCUUUGCGGCCAUAGAAAUAUAAUCUAUAGAAUGGCUUUGGAAUCUCUAAGCCUGGCAAUCUGACUGGUAAACUCAUGGGUACACUCACAAUGGCUGCCAGUCCUGACUUGAAUGGGAACCUCUGUUCUAUGGAUUAUAUUAUUAUGGUUGUGGCUGUAAGUGAACAGCUAUAAUCUGCCUUUUACACAUUUCAAAAUACAAUCGUGGGAAAAACAUAGUUUAUAAAGCAAAUGCAUACUGCUGAAAAUAGCAGACUAAUCUGUCUGUAGAAGCGACCAAAUGUUUUCUCAACAACUCUACAUUUUGAGCGAACAUCACUUUAGAUAUUGGCAUAGGAGCAUUGGCCAUCACCGGUGAGUAGCCUAUGCAUAUUCAUGCUAUCUUCAUCAUUGGGUGAGUCAGUGCCACUGGAUAGUUUAUUUAGUAGCCUAUUUAUAUUUCAUCCUAAUAUUGUUCAAUCUGCGUGUCUCCCCUCUUUUCAUUGGCCUGGGCUUCUGGUUGCACCCCCAACUCAAAACAUCUUCCCGCGGCUAUGGUAGAGUCCAUCUUUUUAACCUAGUCGUUGCUCUGUGGCUUCUCUCACCAGGUUCACAGUGCUGUUCUCCCAUGGCAACGCGGUGGACCUGGGCCAGAUGAGCAGCUUCUAUAUCGGCCUGGGAACGCGCAUCAACUGCAACAUCUUCUCCUACGACUACUCCGGCUACGGCGUCAGCACGGGCAAGCCUUCCGAGAAGAACCUCUACGCUGACGUUGAAGCUGCCUGGCAGGCCCUGCGCACACGGUACGUACGGCACUGCCGCAACGCAGUCAGUGUGGGAGAUGUCACCUUACAGAGAGAGGAGGGGUGGUGUGGGUGGGGUCAUUUCACACAAGGAAAGGCUAAUGGACUGUUUCAUUAGUUUGAUGGGAUGCUGUGCUAUCAAUGGCUGCCCUGGGAUGGAUGGAUGUUAGAGUUAUGGAGCUACAGCUAUAGGAUUAGUUUUUAUGUUAGACGUGCCAUGUUCGCAGACAUUUGUUACCCGUCAACUCCUAGAUCUAUGUGAUAAAAGUAUGUAUUAUCAUUCCAUAUUAUCAUAGUUUAGGAGCUUCAUAGGAGUGAUUUCUAUUCAAAUUGUUUUAGUGUUUGCCACUACAAGCUUUUCCCUGACAUGAUUGUGUUUUAUUCCACUCUCUCCCUGGUUGUGAUCAGGUAUGGCAUCAGCCCAGAGAACAUAAUCCUGUACGGGCAGAGCAUUGGCACCGUUCCCACGGUCGACCUGGCAUCACGGUAUGAGUGUGCCGCCGUGGUGCUCCACUCCCCCCUCACUUCUGGCAUGCGGGUGGCCUUCCCAGACACGAAGAAGACCUACUGCUUUGAUGCUUUUCCCAAGUGAGUAACCUACAACACCUUCCUCUUAUCACCUUAUCUUCAUCUUCACAUAAUUGCAGAUUUAACAAGAUUAGCAGAUAAUUGCAGAACUGGAAAUGUCAGUGGCAAAAUAUUUCUGUCCAUCUAAAAGAAGAAGAGCUGCAAUCUCUUUCAUAGCUUCCAUGUAUUUUAUUAUUCAGUCUCUCUCCUUCUCGCUCCUCCUCCCCCUCCCUGGGGAAUCAGCCUUAGCACAUAUGAGUCAUAACUGAGUCAUCUCUCACUCUGCAUCAGAUCAUAAGCAGGUGUCAGAAACACUGACUCCUCCAGUCAUUUAUCAUAUCAUCGCCCAUUAUUAUGUAAAGUGUGGUAUUUGAACCAUUAGGAUCACAUGCUGGUUCACUGAAUAGGAUUCCAUUACAGUCCAGUUCCAGUACCAGGCAGUGCCAGUGUAGGAGUAGAGUAGGUGGUGGGGAGGGGGCUGGGGAUGCCUCUUGUCUGUGGUGAAAGCCUCCAGUGUUCUCCUCCACCCCCCUGAGCUCUCCCACCCCUAGGCCCCUGUUGCCCAGUUGGCACUCCCCAGCCCACACUACACUCGGCUCCCAUACUCAAUACUCCAUCUAGUCAGAGUGGACUCCCAGUGAUGUGAUACUAGCUUAGUUCAGAUCUGUAUUUGCAGUUAUGGACUAGCAGAUGGAGCUGAGCUGAUUUGGGAAAUGCAUUUACAUGCAGCAGGAUUGUGUUCUCAUUAUUAUCCCCUUCCUGUCCUGUUUGUCCCUCUACCUGCUAGACAACAGUUGCUGCUCACUGCUCACAGCUGCAGGGCAUUUUGCACUAACUGGCCAUGCUAGAACAGACUGUACAACGCUUUCUAUCCACGGUUACCCUUGAAGAACAUACUUGCCCAUUAGUUAUAACAAUGUUGUUACAUAAUUCCUAUCGUACAUUGCCAUCUAGAGACUACCUUUGCUUCCUUUAUCCCCAGUCACUAACUCCUUUGUCCAUUGUCUCUCUGUCAGCAUUGAGAAGGUGUCUAAGAUCACGUCACCGGUGCUGAUCAUCCACGGGACGGAGGACGAGGUGAUCGACUUCUCCCACGGCCUGGCUCUGUUCGAGCGCUGUCCCAAGGCCGUGGAGCCACUCUGGGUGGAGGGGGCGGGACACAACGACAUUGAACUGUACAGCCAGUACCUGGAGCGCCUGCGCCGCUUCAUUGGCCAGGAGCUGGCCGCACAGCACGCCUGAACCCCCCCCCCCCACACCACCUCCAGGCUCCAACUCU